AUGGCGAGGCUCGAUUAUGCGUAUGUCAGGUUUGUUAUUAUUUUUUUCUCGAUCAUAAAUAUGUUUCACUUUAAUUUGAAAAAAAUAAUUGCAAAUGCGGGAUUCUUGAAGUACACAAUUUUUUUCAGAAACUUGGAUAAUUCGGAUCGGAUCAUUUUGAACCUUUUUUUACCUGAAGAAAAAGCUAACAAGAUUUUUGAGGAAUUGUCAUCAGUAAUUAUGAAAAUAAUUAUAAGUUUUAUCGUUUAUCCAUCAAAAUAUCGUUGAAAAAAAUGAAUAUAUCCAUUUAUAGUUGAUGAAGAUUGGAAAAAUAAAACUAACAGGAAAAAUAUCAGCUAAUCUUUUUCGCUUCAAAACUCUCUUAAUGAAAGUUUUCACAAGUAAUGCAGUGUUUUCUCUUAAAAAUGGAAAAAGAAGUGAUCAGCUUCUUCCGCGGAAACGAGAAAAAAGACGUUAGUUGGAACAUGUGCGGCUCAGAAGCUGGCUCGAAGCCAACUCAAAAUGUGUCGGAAUUUGUCGGCUCGUGAACCCUCUGGCCCAACUUCUUUUUUUUUACUUCUCAUUUCGGUUACUCUUUGUUCCUGAAAGUCUGCUCUCAAAAUGUAUAUGUUACCUUCUGCAACGUAUUUUGCAAUCGGAUCUCUCUCGAGGAAAAAAUCUCCAUUCCAAUGGGUUUUGUGUUCAAUUUGUAUUUUCUUGUGUACUUUGCCAUUCGAGAAGCCUUCUUCGCUUGCUGUUGUUUUUGUCGCUGUCCUCUACUUUACAAUUAAUUUACAUAUAUUUGCCGUAGUGGUUCAGUUUAUGAAUAGUUUGAUAGACUCUCGAGACCAUCGUAAUUUUUUUCCGUAGUGAAAAACAGUUUUCGUUUUCAUAGCGAACAGCUGCGGGGUGCAGGUGCAAGCUUGAAAUAAGACGCGCAACCAAGCAUCUUAGUCGUGCAAUUUAAAUCCACGGCUCAGCUGAAAAUGCUGUUCCCCAAACUUUUCAUUUAUUUCAUUUAUUUUCUUCUGCUUGAAGGAAGUUCGUAUAUUUCAUUUUUUUAGUUCAAAAAAAUAGUUUUUUUCUUUCUAGUGGGAAAAAAAUUCAGGAAAAAAAUUUGUCGAAAUUCACUAUAUUAUUUUUGAUUCAUUUCGACUUGUAAUAAUUAGAAGUUUGGAAGAUCUUUUUAAAUUUCAAAGGCAGAAUAAAAAAGGCUCUUCUGAUAGAACAUGAGUCAAAAACGGUUGAAGUUUUUUUGAUAAGUAUUUUUCAAAUGAUGAUUUAAAGUUUCUAGAGAGGAUGCGCAAUAAAGAGACAGUACUAUACUUUCUCGACACAAUUUUUUUUAAUAUAGCAACCGUUAUUUUGAGUUUUAAAAAAAUGAGAAAAUUCGAGCGGCAAAGUUAAGAAAAAAAGCCUUAAAAGGGUUUUUUUCGGCUUUGUUUCUGAACUUUUCCGAAAAUUUUUUGAGAAAGAUUGUUUGCAGUAACAAUCCAUAAAUUUUUCUGCCUGUAAGGAAAUAAUAUCAUUAAAAUCCUUACUUUCAAAAUUUUAAAUGCCGAAAUUUCACUGCCUGCGAUAUAUCUUCCAACUUAUCUUCCGUAAACUUUCAAACGGCAUAAUGUUUUAAAUUUCCGAAACUAAGGACUUAUACAAAAUGAAUUUUCCAGUUACCUUCUGAAAAAAUCAUCAAGUUCUUCCCUUGGAGAAGAAAGUUAUCGGAACGACCUCCCUUGUCAGCGGACAACUUUUUUUUUCAUGUAACCGAGACUAAUUUUUCAUUUUGUUUCGAAUUCAUGUGUAGACGACGGUUGUAAUAACGGGCUAGGAAGUGGUGUUUUUGCUUGGUUGGGUCAGAAAAAUGUCGUGCCGUGGGAUUCGGCGGCAGUGGUUGCUUCGAAUCUUCUCCUCUGGCGUACAGAUGCUCUUUCUCUCGACUUGCCGAGCUUCGUUCGCCGGGGGCGCUGCUGCACACCUGCUGGAACAAACGCCCUCGAUUCUUUCGCUUUCGUCGCCGAUUAGUUGCUUCUCACACUUACGUCUUUUGAUAUGAUUCCGACCGAGGAUCUUCUGUGUACUGAGCCGUUUUUUCUCAUUUACUUUUUUCUUUUGUUUGAACAUGCCGAACGCCUUGAGGACCAUGUUCAACGGCUUUUUUUCUUUGAUUUUUGCUCUCAGUGAUGAUCAUCAGUCAUGUGAUUUUUUCCAAGUUGCUGUUGAAAUUUCUGUUUAAAAUGGAUUCACAGUCUCACUUGUUUUUGUCUUUUUCACUUUUUUUUAACAUUUGUUUCAAUUUUUUUUUUGAUCAGAUCGGAAGAUAAUAUGUGGCGAAGAUAAAAAUAAAGUCGAUUCAAAUGAAUUGACCAGGAAUUUUCUCUGUCAGUUGAUAUAAGAAAGCUCAAUUCUUAAGAAGUGGCUGAAUUUUCUUUUGAUUUCCACGUUGGCGCCGGAGAAAUCUAAUUUUUUUCUAUCCAAAACUAUCCCUCUCCAAUUAAAAUAGUUUAUAUUUUUCUGGCUAAAAAACUAAUUGUUUAUUCUUUCUCUCCAAAGAUGUUACAAUAAGUUUCGUGUAAGAAUAAUCCAUUUGCCCGAUUUUUUUCAUGAAAGAUAUUUUUUGAAAUUCAAGUAAAGUUAUAAAAAAACCAAAACUGAAAACUUGAAUUCAUUUUUUUUUCUGAACUGAUUAUAGUUUUCCGCUUUCAAGGGCUGUCAUUAGUGUUUUCGCAAAGUCAAUCAAAAGAGUUCUGUGGGCGCCUGGUUUGUAUGAAAAAUAGUUUAAAACUUAUUUUGAUGGAUAUUUCAUACGUUUUGGUGAAGUUGAUUUGAUUUUUUACUAUCAUCUUGCAAGAAUAUGAUGAACUUCUAUUAAAAUUCUACAUACCUUUUGAAAGUUUAAUAAGUUAUUGUAUACAAAAUAUCUUUACUGUCACGAAGAAGAAAUAAUAUUUACGUCAAACUUCAAUUGAAAUACGGUUGAUUUUUUCGAAGUCGUUCUCUUUUGUUUCUAACUUCAACUUAAUUUUUUUCAUUUCUGUAUUACCAGGUCCGAAAUGGCGAACAUACCGAGAGGGGUGGGAGCGCCUCCACCUCCGGGUAUGAACUCUUCAAAGCGCGGACGAUUAGUUUGUAUAAAGGUCAGUUUUCCCAAGAACCGUGAUAUUUUCAUCUACAUAUUCUUUCAGGUCAGAAUGCUGGACGACACAGUGGCGGUUUUUCAUCUGGGCGUAAGUUCUUUAUGUUUUCAAUCAGACUUCGCUCAUUUUAAGUUUAGUUUACGAAGGUUUUUCAGCACAAGGCAGCCGGCCAAACUCUCUUCGAUGAAGUUUGUCGGCAUUUGAACUUAUUGGAGAGCGAUUACUUCGGACUUUCCUACGUCGACGCCUGUGGAAAUCAUGUAAGUUCCAUGGCAUAAGAUUUCUGGAGACGUAGUACAGGAUCGCAAAAUUUGGUGAUAAGAAAUUUCGAAAAUUAUACCGCGAGCCACUCGAUUUCCGGAAAAUCCAGUAUGAACUUGUUACCAACGCAGAUUGGCUGAAUGAAAAUUGCCAACUUUUCAAAAAAAUUAGUCUGAGUAGUUUAGGAAAAAUGAGCUGUUUGAGACAAAUAUCACUAUAAUAAUGAGCUUUUGGAAGGUUUUCGAGCACUUUGAAAAAGUUUACUUUUUUUUAAGCAACGCAGGUCUUCAAAAAAAAGCAGAUCUAAAUUUCAGUGCUGGUUGGAUCGUGAAAAAACAAUCCUGAGGCAAAUUACAUCCGGCAGCAGCGAUGCGAAAUUCUACUUCAUUGUCAAAUUUUACACACCGAAUCCGAUAGACCUCGAGGAAGAAUACACGAGGUCAGCGCCAUUCGGUUUUGAUAUCCUGUAACUGGAUACGCGUCACGUCGUUAAUCGGCUGAGGAAAGGCUGAAACAACGGAAAAACCUCAGGGGACAUGGCAGCUGACACUUCCUCAACAAAGCAUCUUCUCGAAGAAUUUGAUCCAAUUUAGGUACCUAUUCACGUUGCAAAUCAAACGAGAUUUGGCCUACGGCGAGUUGCAUUGCGCCGAAAGUACAGCCGCUCUUCUGUCCGCGUACCUCGUUCAAGUGAGUGCUCCAGGGAAAAUUUCAAAAAAAAAAGUGUAGAAGGUUUUUUGAUGUUGCUACGGUCUUUUGAAGUAGAAAAAAAUGUUUUGAUACUGGCAAAUUUCAGAUUUUCUGAGUUUUCUGAGCUAUGAGUGAGAGCUGAUACAGUAUGAUCUUUUUUUCCAUAAAAAUUUGAUUUAUUCUUCCAAUAUUUCUUACAGUUCGUUUUUUUUUACUUACUUGGGAUAUUUUAUAAGAGCUGUAUUAAAAAUUCUAAACAGUGUAUUUAGACAACUGAUUCAAUAGCUUAAUCAACGCUUGUAGAACGCGCUUGGACUUUUUUUGAAAAUUUGAGCUAAAAAAGGUUUGAAACAAGAACGAAUUUUUUGUCAAGAUUGCAACAUCCCUAGAACCUCAACCUUAAAAAAUCAUUGCUAAACAAUUUCAACUUUUUCGCCUCCCUUAGAUAACUGAAAAAAGGAAAUUUCCAAUGUUCUGAACCUAGCAUAUUUUGGAGCAAAAUGUAUGAAGGCUAAUUUUGGAAGAAAGGAAAGGUUUCAAAACUUGGAAAAGAACUUUCCUUAAAUCAUUUAAUGUGAAACUAUGUUAUAAAUAACUUCAUAAAUCAUCCUCUAAAAAUUUUACAAAGUAUUCGACUAAAAAUAAUCAUCUCAAAAUUCAUUAAGCAACUUUUUCAGUCGGAAUGUGGAGAUUUCUCAGCCGAAGACUAUCCAGAUGCAACGUAUUUGUCUCACACGAGAUACGUUCCCAAUCAGACAAUCGAAUUUCAGAAGAAAGUUAUGGAAAACCAUCGAAAUUUGAUGUUAGUCGCUUUUCCUUUUUUCACUUUAACCUAUAAAAAACAUUGAAGUGGGAUGAGUCCGGGAGAGAGUGACUUGGCGAUGUUGGAAGUGGCGCGAAGAUGCGACUUUUAUGGCGUCAAACUUCAUGCUGCAAAGGUGAGUUAUUUUUUUAAUUCGUCAUUUUAACUUGGAUUUGUUUGAAAAGGAAAAUAAAAAACAUUGCUGAUAGGUAUAACUAUGAAGCAAAAAACUUGAAAAAUGGGUAGGCAACAAGAUAAGUAAGUCUGAGAAGAACGUUUCAAAAUGAAAGUCUCAAGUUUUACCUCACCCCUAUUUUCAACAAUUAAAAAAAAUUCUUAUUUUGCGCCCGACCAGAAUAACUUUCGCGCCAUAACUUCAUAAGCCUUAAAAACUUGUCGAAUGAUGGAAGAUUCAAAUUUUGACUCUACGUUUAAUUAUUUUUGCCAUGAGACAGAAAACAGUAGGCGGCCGUAUUUUAGUUUUAAAAUCAUUUCUAACGAGUUCAAAUUUUUAAUAUUUGAGCUCUAAGUUAUUUUUCUAUACCUUACAUAGCGCUUGAAACUUUUUUUUACAGCUUUUAUAAAAUUUCAUUUCAGGACGUUGAUAACAACGAAGCUGCUUUGUCUGUGAUGCACCUCGGAAUGAAAGUUUUCCGACAACUUCAGCUGGAUACAACCUUUUCUUGGGCUCGAAUCCGCAAGCUCAGUUUCAAAAGGAAGAAGCUUCUUAUCAAGCUCCACCCAGAUAGCUAUGUAAUGAGAGCAUUUUUCUAAGCAUGUUCAUUUCAUUUCCUUGCAGCAAUACCUGAAAGAAACUGUCGAGUUUGUGUUCGAAACGAGGGAUGAAUGCAAAAACUUCUGGAAAAAAGUGGGAGUUCUUUAAAAUAUACAGCCAAAUUUUCUUUACAGUGCGUUGAGCAUCAUGCCUUUUUCCGAUGUUUGUUGUCCGAGGAGCCGAAAAAAAGAUUCCAAGUUUUUUUCAUCAGCAAAGGAUCAUCGUUCAGGUUAUUCUAAAAAAAUUUUGACAGUUAAACUUAUUCCUUCGAAUUUACUGCUUUCAAAAAAACUAGAAAAACUAAACAAAGGUUAAACACUCACUAAAUUUCGAGAGAAACUUGCAAUCUUUUGCGAUUCCAAUUUUCGCGAAAUAAUUUUAUCUCGAUUGAUAUUUUUCAAGGUUUUUUUCGCUUAAAAAAUCAUUUUUUCGAAUAAUUUUUUUUCGAAGACCUUCAAGCUGAAUUUUUCUUCUAGAUAUCAUGGAAGGACACAGAAACAGCUCAUCGACUAUGUCCGAGAACAUCACAAACGGCGAGAACCAUUCACGAGGUUUCAUCUGUCAUUUUCCCGUUUCACCUCCAUCCUCAGGCCAUUACGAUCAGCGAUUUCGACACGAGGCCUUGGCUAUUCCUCGACGUACAGUACCGUGGGCGAGAAACAGCGUCAAAGAAACGGGACCGCAGGAAACAACACUCAUGCCUCCCUUCCUCAUAUUCCGCAUUACUCACACGCUGAUCCAACCUCCUCAGGUACUUUAGACGCGCGCGUAGGUACUACCACGAGCUCAAGACCUCGACAACUGAAACGUAGCGAAAGGUGCACGUCCGAUGUUGAAUCUAGCAAUCGACCACGUCAUCAUGAAAGUUCCAAAGAGCCUGAAAUAGUCCCUCCAAGCCAUAACAAUAUUGACCUGUCUGUAUCUUUACCUAACGUCUUGAGCGACGACCUCCGAGUUGCUUGCAAGGAAUUGGAAUUGGAAACUAAAGAACCACCAAAAUCUGUUUCUGGCGACAACUUCCAGGAGCUUCGAACCAGCAGAGAAUACGACAACAUCAGUGAAGAUUCAUAUCGCCUAUCCGACCAUGAAAGGAGCACUCGGUCCGAUGCUGGUGUCGGAACCAAACGCACUGUUGUGACCACCUUCAACUCCACAUUCGCUGCUCGAAGAGAUGGGAAUACCGUUGUGAAACGAGUUAUCAGCCAGAGCAAGAGCACUCCGAACUCUACGGACGAUGAAGAAAGUAUUCUGAAACCAGCUUCUGACUACCAUACCUAUCGCGCUGUGAAAGAAUAUCCUUUUUCAAGAGCCACAAAUAUUGUACCCAUCGAGAUUGAUGGACCGAACGUCGACUUAUCUGCCAGAAGAGCGCUCUUGACCUCUUCAACUUCGACGACUACAACCACCACUACCCAAGUUUUGACGACAUCUGGAGCUGUUUUAGUGAAGCCGAAAGUCUUAUCCACGGACCUCAACAUUUACGAGCGUAUUGCUGUAAAACCUGCUUCGACUGAAAAUCAAGGUACUUAUGGAGCGAUCGGACCGUUGCCGGGAAAAGUAAUCACUAAAGAAAAUAUGGUGAUAACCCCAGACGGCGUAAAGGAAAAGAAAACCAAGCCGAUACCGCCACCAAAACCAAAUCUGAAAUCUCUGACCCCGGAAGCUCCUUCAAAAGAAAUCACGCAUCCUCUAGUUCAUAUGGUAGAUGAAGAUGUUCAACAAACUCCAGCAGCUCCCCCCGCACAUGAAGAACGCAAAUCAAGCCUUUCCAGACCUGCGCUGAUAUCUGUGCAAAGUGAAGACAAUCCGGAGAUUCAGAAGUGCCAUCUCUUCAACAGCGAUAUUCCUUACACCCUUACGAUGCGAAAUGUGGAAAGCACCCAAUCCUUGCCUUUCUCGACUUUCAAAGACGUUCGACGCGACUACGAUUCGAGUUCAUUGAAACGAGUUUCCAAAAGCCCUGAAUUCAAAAGAAGAAAAUCUUUGGAUCUGGUUCCUCGGAAAAGAUUGCCUUCACCUGGUAACUUCUCAGCGCAGGAUCACACGAUUUCACCAACGACGCCGGACAGCGAUGUUCUGGAGUAUCUUCUUCGUCGGAGAUCGCUGAGUCAGGAAAGAUCGGCUUUGGUCAAAUCCAGAUCCAAACGUUCCGACCCACGACGGCAGACUCAACCAGUUCGGUUCGACCUUCCGCCUUCGCCGUGCUCUCCGACUGCCGGAGGCUCCACCCCUUUUAUUUCACUACUUACGGAUGAAGUCUUCGAUGAAUGUGUUUCUGAAUCUAGAAGUUUGCAUGAAGACAUGGAUCGCCUCGAUAAAAGCACUCCACACACGCAAUCAAUCUGCUCAUUCAACGAGAAGCGCUGUGAAUCGGAAGAAAGCGACGCGAUGCCGCCACCACCAGAAGAAGUUUUGAUCAACCAAGUAAUCGCGAAGAAAUCUCGACCGCAGCCGCCGCCGCCACCUCCAAAACCCCUUUCUCUAGCUACAAAAGUCGCUGGGAUGAAAUCCGCGGCAGCACCGAACAACAAUAAUCCUGAACCUUUCCGUCAGAGAAAUUCAACGAGCGAUUCUCCUCCGUUUAUUGAUGAUUCGCCCAAAACUGCAGAAGGAGCGUCACUAUCAGCUUCGAGUAACUUAUGGACAGAUUUUUAAUGUAUUGUGGGUUUCGAUGUUUUGUUUGCAUGUUUAUUUUUAAAAUUAUAUUAGUAUUUUGUGAUCUAUUUGAUAAGAGAUGGAGUUCUUCCAACUCAAAAUAAUUGAAAAUUUUAUCCGUUUGCAUACUAGUUAUUUUUAAAGCAUGGGUUGCUUGGAAAUUAGCUUAUUCUGGGUCAAAACACACUGUGAUUUUGAUUAGUUUGUUUCCCGUUGUCAUAAUUCUCGGAAAUUGUCCUAAAAUGCUCAUAACCGGAUUUGCAUUUAUAUUUUCCCUUGGUGCUAUGGUUGAAAGUGUAUCAGAACAAAAAUCAAGUCUUUCAUGGUUGCAUGAAUUUUAGCCUUAUCCUCAGCUUGUUGUGUCGGUUUGUUGGCUCAUUUCGCUUCUGGUCGCUUUUCGACUUUUUUUUUGGUUCGUUGCAACCAUUAUGAACGUAGUAAUGCCUUGGCUCCCUAGUAACAGCUAAGUCAUAGAGUUUGUGAAACCGAAAAACUCAUUCUGAACGCAUGAGGAACGUCUAGUGGACAAUACAAACUUUGAACUUUUUACUCGUUACUGUGAAAAAUUUUAUUGACAAUGAAUAAAGAAUUUGAUCAAGAUUUUACAAACACUACACCAGAAGCGAAAUAAACAUGUCUUGAACGAGGUUCACAUUUUAUGCUAGUUUCAAAUGUAUAAGAAGCGUUAUUUAGUUCCCCCAAACGUGAUCGAUCUCUUCAAUUGUUUUUUUUUGUGGUUUAUGACAAAUAAAUGUUUAUUCAUGGAAAUUGUUUGUUUGCGCACAUAAUUUUAGACAAGAAAGUUUUUUGGUUACUCUGUUCAGUUAUAAUUUUCAGAAAGUCUUUCUCAACCAACUCGAAAAAGAGAAGUGUUCUACGGAAUCAAUUCGACAUUUUCAGCAGAAAGUGUCUGUAAAUCAGAGCCCAUAAUGAAAAUCUCUAGGUAUUUCAUAUUCGAAAAAACUGCAUUUGAAUGAAAGUACAGGAGAAGCAAAACGAAAAUGAGCCGAAGCGCCACCGAUGCAACGGAUCUGGUGAGAACUGAGUCAAGCGACAGCGGAGGAGUUUCAAUGAAUGGCGGUUUAUCUUCGAGUAGAUACAGUAAGCUGAUAAAGACAAAAAUAAAAAAUCUUUGCACUAUAGGCUCGAAGAGUUUUAUAAAAAACGGAGAUUGUAAAAUGGAAAGCACGGCAAGUAUUUUAACAUGGAAAGACGCUGUUGAAGUGCAUUUGGAGGGCGAUCAUGUUGAGAGCUAUGUGAUUCCAGUGUUGGAAGAGGUUCCCAUCAUCCGGAAGGUUUUUUGAAAAUUUUUUUCGGUGACAGAAAAGGUUUCAGCCUGAACCGAAGCCUCAAGUGACUUUCAACAGUAUUGUGAGAGAAUUGUAUUGGAAAGAAACGACAUUUGCUAGAGACCUACUUUUGAUCUCCAAGGUGGGUUUCUGUGUGUAAAAAAAAAGAGGUCAAAUUUGAUUUGUCUUUGUUUUUUCUCUGUCAGACCUGCAAAGGAAGUAAUUGAAAAAAGAAAAAAAAAUGCACUCUGGGACUUUUUUUUUCGCAUUCUUGGCAAAUGAAGUUCAGAAAAAACAACAUUUAAUCCACCUUAACGAAAAAAACUUCAGGGUUUGUAUGAACGUCUGGAAGAUCACUUCAAAUCGUGCAAACUAUUGCAAGAAUUCUUCAAAACCUUGAACGAAGUCGAAAUUACUCACGCGCCUCUUUUGGAAGUUCUGAAAAAGACGUAAGAUCAUUUGAAAAAUACGUAAUUCAAUUAGGCUCAAAUUUAAGUUCCGAAGAAACGUCGUGGGGAACGGUGACUUCAGCCAUUCUCUGCGCCGUUCACAACCUCAUCCCACUCUAUCAAUCUCUUUCUCAACAGUAUCCGAUUUACAUCUCAGCAAUCGACCAACUUUCGAGAUCAAAAGCAACUUUCCGAGUUGAGCUUCAGUCAGUUUCGUGGUUGAGGGAAUAGACUUGACUGAAGUUUUAGAAAAUUCGAAAACAGCGAUGAAUGUUACAUUCCUGUCAACUGGUUGCUAUUGAAAAUCAUCAACAGGCUCAUGAAUUGGCAGCCGGUGAGUCUUUGGAUGCUGAUUUUCAAGAGAUUCUCAAAAAAAAUUGAGAAGAAGAACCUUUCCCGAGUGAACUAUUGCGAGCUCCAAGUUUUUUGAUCUUUUCUGGUGAUCAAAAAAGUUUCAGGUCCUCGCGAGGCUCAUUGAACUUCUAUUGGCCGAUGCAAACAGUGAGAAUGAAUUAACAUCGCUCCGAGUUGCUAUGGAUAAAAUAAUCGAGUUGUCCGAGAAAACGAAAAAUUCACGAGCCGCUCUGGAAGAAUAUGUAUCGACUUUGCAGUUGGAAAGGGACAUUGGCAUGAUCGGCGUUCUCUGCAACCCAAACAGAGUUUGUUUUAUUUAAUUCCGUCAAUUCAAAUUAGAGCCCUUGGUGGCGUUUGAAAAUAAUUGACAGUAGUCAGGUGCAGAGACGUUUAAAAAAACGUCCGAGCUCCAUAAAAGCUAUGCAAAAUUUGAGAAUACUACAACCAUAUAAAAUUUGCUAUUCAGCAAAUUCUGCGGUUCGGCGUGGUCUCCAGAUGGUCGCAACGUGGUCCUUGCUAUCGCGUUAUGAUUCUCUGUACGGACCGGAUCCUGUUUGCGCAUCGUAUCCAUUCAGCCGAUGGAAAUUCGUUUUCCGUGCACGCUGAGGUCAAACUCAAAGGAUUGAUGGUAAACCCCCUAACGAAAGAAAUUUGAUUUCAACACGAAUGUUGUUCAGAUAGACGAAGGUGACACUUACAACGUGAUGUCUGACGAGAAAGGUGUGAUAACUUUACACAGUGCUGACAAGUCUAUUGUUUUCUCCACCACUGAUCGGUCGGUAUGGAUGGAGGUUGCCGGUCUUGUUGAACCUUUUUUCGAAAGAGUUUUCAGGACAUAACCGCUGCUGUAAAAGGAGCCGCUAGGGCAAAGAUUGACUUGCCCUCGAUUGUCAUGGACCGGAGAGAGGAUAGCGAUAUUGAAGGUAAAUUUGGUGAUACUUUGAAAUUUUCCCCUUUUUGUAUUAGUUGGAAAAACAGCAAUUUUUUGAUUUUUGGUGAAGUGCCCAAAUCAUUUUUAAAAGAUAAAUUUGGAAGAAAACUUUCGAUAUAUUCAAAUAAAACAUCAAAAAAAGCGUUUUUGUAUAGUAAACUUCUGACUGCAGAGUGAAAUAACCUCUCUUUUCAUUCCAUCGUACACGGGAAAAUAAUUUUAACUAAAAUAUUUUGCUAUUCGUUUCAAAUUGAUUAGCAUUUUUCGUUGGUUCUGUGAUAAAUGAAAUCGAACGGUUUUCAAAUAUUGAACCAGUAAAAAACCUAUCAAUAAAUGUCAACUUGAUUCAGUUUGUCAUAUUGAAAACGACAGCAUCUCUAAACUUGUUGAAACGAGAUGUUUUGAAACAUUUUUCCACUCAAAUCAAGUUUUUCGCAAUUUCAGGAGCCAAGAGUUCAUUUUAUGAAGACAUCCAUACCUCGAAACUCAGUCCUUUGUUGAUUUGCUGGCAUCGGAAAUGCUCUUUCGGCCUGAGGGAUAUUAAUAACGUAAGAUCUCUCCGCAGUGAAGGUAAAUUUAUUCAAAGCUGCAGAUGAUCUCCAACGCAAUGAGCGGAUAUUUGCUUCGGAAACUCAGAAACUCUUCCGGUUGGCAGAAACUUUGGGUAGUUUUGUCCUGUCAUUCGCUCAUAUUCUACAAAAAUCAUGAGGUAACCGAAUUCGCCAUUUUUCCCAGACUUUGGACAUUCAGGAGAACAGCCCGUUGGCUAGUCUUUCGCUAUUAGACUAUGGAAUCGGACUACCAAGUGUAAAUGAUAAUGUGACCCAUCAGAACUGUUUCAAACUGUUCUAUGGAAGUCACCAGUACUUUUUCCGCGCAGACACCUAUUAUUUUUUCGAAAGGUCGGUUUUCUUUAUUUGCACCAUAUUUUUUCUGUUUCAGAUGGGUCGAAUCCAUCUUAAAAGCGGCAAUUUCAAAAAAUUCACUCGAUGUCGUCACUGCCUUGGCGCUACGCAUUUGA